GGCUCACCCUCUCCCCUUCCUUCGACUUGGCCAGUGGACUAUUCAUUCUCUAAUGUUUUUAGUGCACACCCUCCAGAAUGAAGAUAGAAUUCACAAGAAAUAGAUAUUUCAGACCCAGAGAUUAGAAUCUUCCAGCAGAUUGUCAAAUGAGGAGACGUUGCAAACCAAUCCAACAUGACAUCGAGUGGAUUGGUUGUUCCUAUUGUGCUGUGGGGAAAGACCGCCCCUACUCACUGUAUAUCGGCCAUAUUGGUGACCAGCGACCAGCAGACUAUUAUAACGGGUUGUCAUGAUGGCCAAGUUAUCUUGUGGGACCUCAAUGAUAACAUGAAGGUGGUCCCAAGAAACAUGCUUUUUGGGCACUCCUCUUCUAUCACAUGUCUGGCCAGAGCUAAUGAAAACUGGGAAUCUGCCAACUUUGUCAGUGCUGCUGAAAAUGGUGAAAUUUUCCUGUGGGAUGUUUCUGAUGGUAGAUGUAUAGAGCAAACCAAGGUCCCAGGAGUUCAUCUCACAAUGCAUCCAUACCAAGUAACCCAAGGUUCAAGCCGGGAAUGGCGUAUCAUCUGCCAGGGAUACUAUCCAGAUAUUCAUGUUCUUGAUGCUGGUAGUUUAGAGCUUCUCUACACCCUCUCAUCAAAGGUAGCCCCUGAUUGGAUCUCUGCUCUGUGUGUCACUCGCCCCCUCAAACGACAAGAAGAUGUUGUUAUCGGGAUUUCUACAUCCGGAAUGCUGAAGGUUUGGAACCUGACUGGUAAUGAUAAGCAGGACAGUGAACCAAAGCAUGAAGAGGAAUGUAAGCAGCUACGAUGCAGGAAUGCCAAAUCUUUAGCUGUGUGUGCUUUUACUCUCAGAACAGUACUGGUUGUGUGUAGUAAACAGUGGCAGAUUUGUGAUGCUGGUGAUUUUUCCCAGCUGUGUGUCCAGUACUGUGAAAAGGGUCAGCAUUGGUCUGGAGGUGAUUUCAUCGCUGCUGACCGGGUGCUGGUGUGGAGCAACCAAGGCAAAGGAUACCUCUAUCAGUUGCCGUCCAACUGUAUUCCAGAGAGUGAAGAUUUCCGAAGUAACAUUGGUCAGAACCAGAAUGUUCCAAGUGCUAAACCAUUCCUAUAUUGCAUACUUGAAGCUCCCAUGGAAAAGCCACUUUCUUGCUCUCCUGCCAUGACAUUCUUCUACGGUCGACGAGGCCCAUUCUACAAGCUAUUUGCCUGUGGCGAUUCCUCAGGACGGGUCACUGUGUGGAAGGUACCCGAGGUGUCCGACAAGGAGCUCAGCUACCUCAAGCAAGAAGAGUUUGAUACAUUGCCAGUCAUGCCCCCAACAGCUAGCAACAGCCUCAAAUCAACGUGGGAUUCAUGCAGUCCCAAACCUAGUGGUAUUAUAGACCAACUGAAUGUAUCUAAUGAUGGUACACAUGAGAAAAAGCUUGUGGUCACAUCCAGUGUGUACAUCCCAAGUCAGGGAUGGAUUGUAUGCGGAAGACAGGAUGGUAGCAUUGCAAUCGUUCCUGCCGUACAGACUGCCAUCGCACAGCUGCUUGAAGGUCCUCAUACUGCACGAAGAGGAUGGCCACCCCAUCGAAUCUUACGAGGUCACCAAGGCAAGGUGACCUGUCUGAUGUACCCCCACCAGGAGAAUAGCCGCUACGACCCCUCCUACCUGGUCUCUGGUGGGGUAGACUUCACCAUCUCUCUCUGGGAUAUCUUUGCUGGUAGCAUGUUGCAUACGUUCUGUGUCCAUGGAGGGGAACUUACCAGGAUUGUUAUCCCACCUGCUUCAUGCAAUGCUCGAGUCCUGACAUGCGUGUGUACCGUUGCCAGCGAUCAUUCAGUAGCUCUUUUGAGCUUACGAGAUAGGAAGUGUAUGCUUCUGGCCAGUCGACAUCUGUUCCCCAUCAGGCACAUCAAGUGGCGACCGGCAGAAGACUUCCUCAUCGUUGGUCUGGAGGACAACAGUGUAUUUGUCUGGCAGAUGGAGACAGGUCACCUGGACAGAGUAGCCGAAGGUAGUACUGCUGAAGACAUGCUCGAGGCUUGUGAUGCUGUAGGAGAGACAACAGAGAUGAUGCUGACUCCAGCACAGAGCAUUGCCCAAGCUUUCCGUCGUCGCUCCCUGACAGCCAUCAGGAACGCAGCCCACCGUACCCUCCUAGCUGCUGCACAGGGUUCCAUGCUCAAUGUUCCCAGUGGAGGUGACAUAGCCGACAAGGAUCCGAACCAUGCCCUGACCAUCCAGGCCAUCAAGUCUAAUGUCAAAGACCCUGACUUCCAUGUUCUGUUCUUUGAUGCCGAGAACCUCAUUAUCCAGCUCUUGACAGACAAGAAUCUGAUCCCAGGUAUCAUCAACAAGGGUGCGCAGGGAGAGAUGGCAAAGAUGGCUGCCCAGGCUGCAAAGGCAGGAUCAGGACAGUCACCGAAGCUGUCACAGAAGUUUGUUGGUUUCAUAUCAGAGCAGAUCAAGAAGCAGAUGGGGGACAGUGACUCAGAGUCGGAUGAGCUUGGUCCGUUGCGUCCUCCGAGGGCAUCACAGUCCAAGGUUGGGGCUAAACGCAGGGGACCAAAACACCUGACCCUAGACUCUAAACACCUCACAUUAGACAUUGCACAACUCUUCAUGUCCUGCCUACACGCUUGGGGCUUGGACCCAACCUUAGACGAGAUCUGCAAAGAUAAGUUAGGUUUACUUAAGCCAUUCUGUCCAGUCUCUUUCGGCCUCCUGUCUCAUGGUGCCCACAUGUCCCUCAUGCUACCUGGAUGGCAUCACUUGAUGUCACAGGAAGUCACUCCAGCUCACUCACCAGAUCCUAGUACAAUGUCUGCCAAGGAAGCCCUGGAGCUCAAGAAGAGAAGCCAACAGGAGCUACAAUCUCUGGCCAAUGAGGCACCCAAACCUGGCUACCUAGGCCACUGGGAAUUAUCUCGAGCAGUCACCACACAACAUCUUCUCUCUGUCAUCUCUGUGGCUAACACCCUGAUGGGUAUGAACAAUGCAAGCUUUGUCAUGCUUUCCCACCUACGCAAAGCAAAGCCAAAGAGAUCUUCAAGCAAGGGGAAAGAUUUAACAGAUAAUGGAUCUGAUGAUCUUGCAGACCUCACUCCAGAACAAGCACAAAUCAAACAAGGAUGGAGCCUUCUAGCUGCCCUUCACUGUGUCUUGCUACCUGACCUUCUAGGAAGUGUUCAUUACAAACCACCAUACUUAGAGAUGCUAGCAAGGAGAUGGCAAGACAGGUGUCUGGAGGUGAGAGCAGCCAGUCAAGCAUUGCUUCUUGCAGAGCUUCAGCGAAUCGGCACUGAUGGGAGAGAGGAGGUGAUCAACCAAUGGGCACCUCAUCUCCCCCAUUACGUGGACUCAUCGGUCAGCUUGACCGCCCCAGCACAGAGUGGUCAGAGUCCACUAGCUGGAGGUGCUCUGGCCAGGGAUGGUCACUUGGAUGCAGGGAGUAGUGAUAGCUCAGAGGUGGAGAAUGAAGAGGAAAUCUUGUGUGGUGAUUCUCCAAUUAGGAAGGUCUCAUCAUCGUUCGAGUCCCGGAGGAAGCAAGCUACAGCCAUUGUUAUGCUUGGUGUGAUCGGAGCUCAAUUUGGUGCAGAGAUCCAGCCCAGUCGACAGAGGGCACCGAGUAAUACUAGCAACCGUCCCAUCCAACAGGGCUUCGGUUUGAGUGACUACUCACUGGCAAGACAUACAGCUCAAGCUCUUGCCUUCCUGCUCCUUCAACCACCCAGUGCAAGACUCCCUGCCCAUACGCCUAUCCGAAGGGCAGGGAUUGACUUGAUGGGAAGGGGAUUUACUGUCUGGGAACCCUUCAUUGAUGUAUCUGCGGUCCUUCUUGGAUUGCUAGAGUUGUGUUGUGACCCUACCCUAUAUUCUGCAUGUAUUUACAGCGGUCUCCCCAUCACCCCAGCUGCGGACUCCUGCCGUAGCGCCCACCACGCCCUGUCUCUGAUCGCCACCGCCCGCCCAGCAACUUUCAUUACCACCAUGGCUAAGGAGGUGGCCCGUCACCAGGCGUUGGCUUCCAAUGCCCAGGUGCCGGCCAGCGUGCUCAAUACCAGCCCGCUGCAGAAAGCCAAGGCUGAGAUCCUGCGCAUCGUCGAGCUCCUCAUCGAGAAGAUGCAGAAUGACGUCUCAGAUCUACUGGUAGAGGUUGUGGACAUUGUGGUGUUCUCGCUGGACACAAGUCAGGUGAAGUCGAAGGGGUUGAUGGAGGUGUUCCCGUCCAUCUGCCGCUUCAACAUGCUGAGCUACUGUCACAGCAGCAAGAGGCUAGCAGUGGGUGCCAAGACCGGAGCCAUUACCAUGCAUGACCUCAAGAGUGGCAAGACACAGGUAUUGUCUGGUCACCAGACCGCUGUGACCGCCCUAGCCUUUUCAACCGACGGCAAGCACCUGGCAUCCUAUUCAUUUGGUGAUACAAAGCUAUGUUUCUGGCAGUCUGGGGCAUCUCUGCUAGGAGGGAUGAUAAGUUCAUCAACAAAGUGUGUUAAGUGCUACAUGACCAAACCAUUUAACUGUACAUCUACAGCAAAUCAACUAAGACAGGUCUCUGUUACCUGGCCACAUAGCAAAGCCAUCAUUCUGAGGUAUGUAGAUGGCACCAUGGAUAAAUUCACACUCUAAAAUCACAACAUUCAUCAACAAAGUGCUACAUGACCUAACACUUCAACUGUACUUCUACAGCUAACCAACUAAGACAGGUCUCUGUUACAUGGCCACAUAGCAAAGCCAUCAUUUUGAGGUAUAUAGAUGGCACCAUGGAUAAAUUCACUCUCUGAGAUCAUAACGUUCAUCAACAAAGCCUGUCAGUUGCUACAAUUGUUCAUCAACAGCCAAUCAACUACAACAGGUCUCUGUAACAUGGCUACAUUGCAAGGACAUCACUCUGAGGUACUGAGAUUGCAUCAUGGUCCCCACUCUAAAAUCAUAACACUCAUUAGCAAAGUGCUACAUGACCAAACCCUUUACAUCUCCUGCAAUCGGAUAAGACCUGUCUCUAUUACCUGGCCACAUAGCAAGACAUUCUGAGGUACAUUGAUGGCACUAUUGAUACGUUCAUUCUCUGAGCUCAUAACAUUCUUUGAGAUGGCUCAGACAGUUCUGCAAGAGAAAUGGUGUAUAAUGUUUUAUAUUUAAUUAUUGCCAUUAUGAAUGGUUUACCUGUCUAAUUCAAAACUUUCUGGAGGACAUGGGAUUUGUACCAAUGGCUACCUGACCAAACCAACUGUUUGUCUACAGCCAAUCAACUCAAUUAGACAUCGAUAUUAUGGCCAUAUUUUAAGGCUCUUAUUCAGAGGUUAAUUGAUUCAUCCUAAAUGAGUACACAUUCUGAAGCUAAGUGAACGAUAUAACAAGAUAACCAAGAUCCUAGUUCCAAGGCCACAUGUCAAGAUCAUAAUGAGGUAUGUAGAUGACAACAGGGAUCCUCCUUAACCACGAUGGGUAUGGCUAUCAUUCUGAAGUAAUUUAAUUGUCCCAGGGAUAAAGGGAUUGGUUAUGCUCUUAAUCAAAACAUUGUACACAAUACAGACAUUAACAAAAUAUAAUUCAGCAUAUAUACAUGUAUGUACUUCGAAAUUUCAAAUAUUGCAGUUGGGUCCUUGGAACAUGGCUGUUUUGUCUUUUCUGUUCGUUAAAUAGUUACACAAUAUGAAAUUUUUCAAUGAAAAUUUCUUUGUGGAAGAGGUUUAUGGUACACCAUGUGGUGAGUCUUAGAAGGACAAGCAAAAGUGGAUAGAGGUAGAAGUGAAAUGGAGAGGCGAGAUGGUGGAAGGUUAGAAGGUAGAGUAUUUUUGUAUGAGAAGAUUGUCGCCCUUAAAAAGACUGUAAACCAGAAAAUAUGAGAUGCUCAAGUAGUUGGAGAUAUGAAAGAAGGCUGGCUUGAGUUGGCAAGUAGAGUUGUAGAGCAAGAGAGAAGACUCCAAUGUUUUGGUCAGCUUGACUGUCUCCAGGAGUGAUAAUAACCCUGGGCUAUAUCAAAAUCUUAUGACGGUAAUUAUAGGUCAUUUGUAGAUAAUUAUAUUGUUGUAUCAGAAGUCAACUACUCGUUAUCUGGUGAUUUAUAUUCAUAUCUUUUGAUCUUUAUUAAAUGUGAUUAUUGAUAUUGUAUAUUGUACACUGGAAACAUUCCUUCCCUAGUUCAUUCCUACCACAUACAUAGUGGAAUUAUAUGGAUAUAUGUUAUAUUGUAUAUUGAUGUAUAAUUGAACCAGAUAACUUCAUCUGACAUUGGAGAUGUGGAUUCAAUAGUUUACUCUUUAAUAUGAAUGGCGAUUAAUAUAAAUAAUGGUGGAAUUGGAGUCUAGUGUAGAGUUCGAUAUCAAUUCCCAGUUGCCUAAUUUUCAUAGCAUCGAUCAUAUCAUCCUUGGGUGUGGUUAGGGGUUACAUUUAAGACAUUAUCCUGCCAAAGUAUUAGUUGUUUUACUGUUUGUAGAAUGAUUUAUAUCAAUGUUCAGUGUAUGAAUGCAUUUAUGGGGGAACAUUUGGCUUGACUUUGUGAACUCGACUGUUGUUGAGUACAUGACGAUCUAUAUUGAUGGUACUGGAAGGUAAUCCCUAUUAAGUUGUCUAUGACCUUGUGAUGUUUUUGAUCAGGAAUUGUGGAGAGCCCUCUAAAUUGUGGCAUUUCUGCCAUUUUAGUGAUGUCUCACAGUACAGUACUGUUGAAGUAAACUAAAAAAAUGUGUAUAAUUAUCUGUAUAUCAUGUGAAGAUGAAGAUUAUUUUAUAGGUAGAAUUUAUUUGAUGUUAAAUUAUAUAAGAUGUCAUUAUUUGAACAAGGAUCUAUUAAAUUGUAGCAGUAGUAUGCCUACCCACUUUCUUGAUUUUGAAACCCCUUCGCAAAUGUGGAAUCUUGUUUGGAGAUCUGGCGCUAAUAUACAACUCAGACUUGUGAACAUUAUUUGCCAAAGUUAAACAUAAUGUGAGUUUUAGACAAAUCAUGAUGGAAAAUAGUUUAAGUGAAGUAUGUGUGAUAAAAACAAAGAUUUCAAAGUCUGGUAUGAUUUGAAAGACUAUUGGUCAGAAAAAAAUUUAAAUGAAUAAGCAAAUCUCUUUGUUGAUGCUCAUAUUACAUGUACGUUGAUUGCCGCAAAUUUGAUUUAAAUAAAUAGACUAACAUUAAACAAACAAAACACUGAAAAUCUCAGUAAAAGCGGAUAAAACAGGUAGAAAAAUUUGUGGCAUUUUGUUUAAAUUUUCCACUAUUUUUGCAGUUCUAUGUCAUGUGCAUGUCAUCAUGAUUAUGCUGUGGGCAAACUGAUGACACCAUCUACUUGUGUAGAUGCGUUCUCUUUAAUUUGUGAAAUUACAAAUAUUCUACAAAUAAUCUAUACAGUCCAAGGAUGUAAGAAUAUGAUUGACUACUGAUUUUAUGUGUGAGAUUAUCUUUAUUCUAAGUUUUUUUUUGUUACAAGGGAGAUAUUUCUGUGCACAUGUUUGAAAAAUGAAUUAUGAUAUACAUACAUUACAAAUAUAUUCAUCAGUCAGCUCACUCAUUUGAUUUAAAAAAAUAAUAUACAAGUUCAUGAUGUACAACGAUUUUCACCAAAACACUUUAAAACCCGUCUGUCUUCAUUCAUUUUCAGAUUAUUUUGAGGAAAUUUCAGCAUUUUUCUUGUUUAAUUUUAUGCUAUUGUUGAAAGUCUAUCAUUUUCAACCUGGAGUAUCCCUUUGAAUAUGUCUGAAAGGGGAGUACUUAUGAGGUUAUUUUGGUAAUAACAAAGCAAGGAUUGGUUUUAUGUUAAGACAUAGGAAGGAAUAGUAAACUUUGUCUUGCUUAUUAUGUGGAUACACAUUGUGCAAUUUUAUAUGGAAUAUGUUAUAUAUGAAAACUAUAUAUGAAAUAAAUGUACAGCAUUUAUGUUUUAACCUCAAAAA